UUGUUAUUCUGUUCAUAGCUCGCUAAUGGUCCGCUAGCGAUACAUUCAUACUGCGGCAGCCAACACAGACUCACUUGUAUAUCGAUCGUCUCCGCUGCUGGCAAUUGAACCCUUGUGUUUAUGUUACAAUUUUUGUAAUCAAAAUGUUUCGCUUUUUAACAUUAUUGUUGAUAACUUCUAUAAAUGUUAACUCUAUGUCUAUUGUAAAUCCCAGACCUAAGUAUCCACCGACUAAGGGAGAGGUUUGGCCGAAACCUCAGAACGAAAUUACGGAACUUACUUACUACACUUUUGAUCCGUCGAAUUUUAAAGUUAAAGUGACAAAUAACACAUGCGAUAUACUUACUUCGGCAAUCGAAAGAUACUCGUACAUCGUGGAGAGCAGAAAACCGCUGCAAGAUCAGAGACCGGUCUCGGUCACAGAGCGACGACAACACGCGCGAGAAGCCCAGACCUUAGUGCUUGGCGUCUUGCAAGAGUUACAAGUGCAACUGACAGAACCAUGCGAAAAAUAUCCGUAUUUAGAAAUGGACGAAAAAUACAGACUGAAUGUGUCAGCAGUGUCAGUGCUGACAAGCGCCUCCGUGUGGGGCAUCCUCCGCGGCCUCGAGACAUUCGCACAAAAGUUCUACAUCUCCCAUGAUAUGAAUGAGCUGAGGAUAAACACGUCUGUAGUGGUGGACUUUCCGGCGUACGCGCACCGCGGGCUACUGCUAGACACGGGUCGGCACUACAUCUCGGUGCCCAACAUUCUACUCACGCUUGAUGCGAUGACCAUCAACAAGAUGAACGUCUUCCACUGGCACAUCGUCGAUGAUCAGAGCUUCCCAUACCAGAGUGAAAAGUUCCCCGACCUUAGCUUAUAUGGCGCAUAUCACUCCUCCAUGGUAUACACGAAAGACGACAUUGCGCGGAUUGUGGAGUACGCUCGACUGCGCGGCAUUAGGGUCCUGCCAGAGUUUGAUGUCCCUGGUCAUACGCGGUCAUGGGGAAACGCGUACCCCAACAUCCUAACCGCAUGCUACCGCGGGAAUGAGGUGGUGGGACUUGGCCCCAUGAACCCCAUCAGAAAUAUCACCUACAAAAUGAUUCGUGACCUCUUCCAUGAGGUGCAGGCCUGGUUCCCCGACAAGUAUAUGCACAUCGGCGGAGACGAGGUCGAGAUGCUCUGCUGGCGGUCAAACCCAGAGAUACGCGAGUACAUGCAGGAGAACGGGUUGAAGGUGGAGGAGCUGCACGCUCUAUUUAUGCAGAACACCAUACCGCUGCUCGCGGAUGGAUCCAAGAUCGUCGUCUGGCAAGAAGUGUUUGAUGAGGAUGUACCUUUGACAAACGACACACUCGUUCAAGUUUGGAAGAGUGGGUGGAUCGAUGAAUUGGUGAAGGUUCUAGAAGCGGGUCACCGCGUACUCUUCUCAUCGGCAUGGUACCUGGACCACUUGCAGAACGAGUGGCCGUCGUUGUACACGGUGGACCCACGGCGCAUUGUGCGCGACGCCACUGGCAGCGACACCUUGCCAGCCGGCGUGAUCGGCGGAGAGGCCUGCAUGUGGGGAGAGAUGGUUGAUGAUAGAAAUGUUAUAUCGAGAGUGUGGCCGCGCGCGAGUGCUGUGGCUGAGCGUCUGUGGAGCGCGCCCACAGUGGGUCAGCGCCGCCGGUACUCCUCCGCGUCACUACCGCACUCCGAAGUCUAUCGCCGCAUGGAGGAACAUGUGUGCCGCAUGAACAGGAGGGGCAUCAGUGCUCAACCGGCCAGCGGUCCUGGCUAUUGUCUCGUUUAAAAAUAAAUAGAUAAAAAUCCUC